UCAAAGGGACAUCGGAUAUAAAAUGUAGACAACGAUUGCUCGCCGCCCCCCCGUGCUUUCCUCCCUGGCCGCGGCCCUCUCCUGCGGGACCCGCACCUCGCCAUAUUUGGCGACCUCGGCCUCCAGUUCCGCUGUGGUGGGGCGCUUCUGCAGGUCCUCUUGGCGCAUCGGGCGGGCGGCGUCGAUGAGGCCUCGGUUAUACGCGUCGAUGUCGACAUCGUCAGGCACACCCAGCCCGAGUCGGCGCGAGUUGGCCUUGAGGCGGUGCCAGAAGGCGUCGCCGAAGACCGCCUUGAUCAUGUCCUCGUUGAUGAUUUUGUUGGCGCCAUCGAUGAGGGGCGAGUAUCUCUUCGAUGAUGGGGAGGAGCGGCUUGAUCUUGUUGGUGCCACUUGAGACGGGGGCGGAGAUGAGGGCCAGGAUCUCAUCGAUGAUGAGCUCGAGGUACAUGACCGCAUGGGCUGGCCCUUGUCGCGCCGCUCCCUCUCGAUGGCCUCUGCGACCUGCAACCAUGACAUCCAUCACUGUGUCUCUUCCUUCCUCGUUGAGAAGUGACUGAGUCGCUCACUUUCUUGGAAACGUUGUCGUGUUUGACGACGAACUUGAUGGCAGCGUCCCAACUCCACUGGAGGGAUGGCGCGCUGCCCAGUCCCUGCAGGACGGCGGCGAUUAGGAAGCCCCUUGAAAGCCACAACACACACAGUUCAUGUACCAGUGCAACACCAGUCUGAUCUUAACACCAGUGUGAGAUCUUGCUGUUGCAAUACUCGCUUGGCGUGGGCGUCGGGGUACGUGUCGCGGAUGCACUCGUACACUUUGCGGGGGUCCGUGAUGUCGCAAAUCCCGCUGGCCGCCGGUUGGGAUGCUAACUGAACAACAGAGACACCACACACAACGCACACAGUAUAUCCUCAUUGCUUUGUGCCUGUCUGUCUGUCUGUCUGUGUCUCUGACUCACAUGUAUGUGUGCAGCGCCUUCGAAGCCGGGUAGCCGAGCUCGGCCAUCCAUAUGAUGAUGAUUAUGCCAUUACAGCACCAAAUGAUCUGGACACACACAGCACAGCAUCCACUUAUGGGUGUGGUGUGAUUGAGCCGGCCUUCCGUCCUGUCUGGCUUCCCCUCUUACGAUGAUGAUGAUGAGCUUCCAGGUCUUCUUCUUGCCCUUGAUGAUGAUGUUCUGCGCCUCGGCGAGUGCGCGGGCCAGCAUCUCGUGCUCGGCCAGAUGGCCGGCGAACGAGAGAGAGCUUGACCCACCGGCCGUGUCCGAUAGCCCCCUCCUCUGAUGUUGCCACGUCCGAUGAGCCAACAGAUGCAGUUGCAGGCGUUCCCGCAUCUGGUGGUGGCGAAGUACAUGUACUCGACGAUGGUGUCAUCCACUGAAAGAAGGCCAUGAUGGCGUUGAGAUGAAACGAAAGCAGGAGAACCUUGACGAACUGAGAGACGCACCAAGUACACACAGACGCACCAAUGGAGACACAACAUGGUGCUCACAUUGUGUCUUGUUCACCUUGAUGAGCCUCUUGAAGCUAGGUACUUGACGGCCGCACAGACGUACCACGGCUCACCAUAAGAGAAGAGCCGCUCUUGGUCUGGCUUGGCGCCUCGAUCACAGACCACCUCCUGCAUGCACAUUCAUGGCACACACACACUACAAAAGGCUCUCUUACUGACCAACUAACCACCUGACUGACUGCCUGACAUUCACCAGCGUGUGCUUGCCGCCCUGGAUGAUGGUGCCGAAGAAGUCCACGAAAAACUGCCGCUUGGAGAUGGCGAACUUGAACGCCCACGAGUCGAUCUACAUAUUAGAGACCCAUCACAUCACCGACAUGUGUACACUAAUCGCCCAUUGCAUCCCUUGGUCAUCUAGAGAGAUGGGUACCUCGGCGAAGGCGCGGUUCCAUAUCAAAGCCCCGAUGGUGAGGGCAUAGAGGAAGGGCGUGGUGCCCUUGGUCUUGGCGCCGGCCUUGUGGGAGAGGUCGUGGUCAGUGCGGCUCCUUUUCUGCUUGGCGGCGAGGCCCUUGAUGGCCUGGUUCUCCUGCUCCUUCUUGAGCUGGUGGACUUCUUCGUCAAGGCCGGCGACCUGCUCAUUCUCGGCCCUUAGCUGGUCCUUCUCCCUCUCAUGUAUGGCCUCCCUCUCCCUAAACUCGUCAAUCUCCCUCUGCAGAGCCGCCGCAGCUGCCAUCCUAGCCGGGCUGGGCGGAA